AUGAAUAUUGAAGAGUUGAAGGAGUCAUUAUAGAGAUUGGUAUAGUCAUAGGAGUAAGUUAAAAUGGAUUAUUAAAGUUGUCAGAAUGAUUUGGAGAUAAUAUGGUAAUAGAUCCAACAUUAAGUGGGUUUGGAUUUGAUAUAUCAAAGUGGAAAGGCAGUGAUUGAAUUGAGAUAGUAUGCGAUGGGAUGGAAGUAAGCAAAUAGGAUCUUGUCGCAUAUAGUGAAGGUGUGUUUAAGUGCGAAGGAACAGAUAAAGGCAUGGGAAACGAUGAGGAUUGUGAUGGAUCCAGACAAGCAAAUAUAUAAAUGUAUCAGUAAUAAAACGAUGAGAUAGUUUUCACAUCAUGAAUUUACACAGCAUGAGUUUUGUGCAGAAUUGCAAGAAGGUUAAUAAGUGGAUGCAUUGUAUGAUGAUGAGAAAGGAAAUGUGAUAGGUUGGUGUAGAGCGACGAUUGACAAGUUGAAUGAGAAAUUUGUGUGGGUCAAAUGGCAUGAGAAUGAUGAUAAGAGGAAGAUUGUCAGAUACUCCAUGGAUUUGGCACCAUUUAAAAGCAAGGUUACAGAUGAAGAAUGGCAAUGGAGACAUUCUCUAUAGCCUGGAGAUCUGAUUGAUUGUUUAGAUAAUAGACAAUGGCAGAAUGCUACUAUUAUUGCUGCAUUGAAGGAGGAAGAAGUCGAAUAUAUCGUUGGCUUUAGGGUUUAUGAUGAAAAAGGCAAUCUCUAUGAUUAGAUGGGCAAGAGAUACUUCGGUUGGAAUUCGCAAUAUGAUGAAAGAAUUCGAGCAGUUAGUCCUAGAAUUCAGAAAAAAAAUACCUUUUCUAAAGGUCAAUAUCCAAUUCCUUAUAGUCAGGAAGAUAUCAUCCAGGAUUGCAAUGACUUCCUAUAUCCUGAGAAUCACUAUGCUAUUCCCAGAUUCUAGACAAAACAAACUCGUCGUUCAAUUGUUCUUACUUAGAUGAUCAAUGAUUUUGGAUCUUAAGGAUUGUUUCAAUAUAUUUUGGAAUAAAUCUAAGCUAAAUGCACUAUCGACUUUCUUCAUCUUUAUAUGCAAGUUCUCAAUAACAUCCAUGAAAUGUUACACAGAUAGUUUGUUAGUAAUUAUGUCCCUGCUUUGUAAGUUGCUGUGUAAAACAACAUUUUAUAGUCUACAGAUAAUAAUCUGCGUAAUUUCUCAGCUCAGAAAAUUACAGACAUUUUGCAGUCAUUGUCCAAUUUAUUGAAAAGAGUGUACCCUAUCUAAAGAAAAUCAGAAAUCAUUGAUAGAUUUGAUUUAGAUAUUGCAUAUAAAUGUUUCACUAGUGAUUUUUUGGAGAGAAAAAUCUAGGGAUUGAAAGCCAUUUAAGAAUUGAUCAAACGAACUAAAGACCUAUUUAAUUAAUAUGGAAUGCAAGAAUACCAAAAGCAAGCUGCCAUUCAAAUGAUACUGGAAUGGUUGAAUGAGAAGAAGAUUUUUGAAACCUUAUAUGCUGGUUCAGGUAAUUCCCAUUUAGUUUAAAGAAGUGGGGAAUUCUUUAAGUUCCUGAUUGAGGAAAGAAUGAUUGGAAUCCAGAACCUCAAGGAUAUUUGGAAUAGUUUAGAAAAGGCAGAAUAUGAACAUAAAUUGGCCAUUUACAAAUUAUUUAAGGAUGCCUCGAAUUCUCUAGAGAAGGAAUGGUUGGAUUUCUUAACUGACGAAAUUUGUAACAGAGACCCUAAACAAGUGAACAAAGAUGAAUUGGAUUUAUUGUAAGAUAUUAUUAAAUCAAAUCAUAAGUAUAAGGAGGGUUAUAUUACAAAAUGUUGUAAUUACUAUUGGAAUGUCUUAAAGAAUGGGUAAUUGAAUUAGACUCUUUUUGAGUACUAUCUAGCUUAGUAUAUAGAGUAAGUGACAUCAUUUGAAAUGAGGCCACAUAAGGGAGUACAAAUUAAGAUGAUCGGAGAAAGCAUAGUAAAAUAAGAAUCAGCUAGUAUUGGAUUGAGAGUGCUUAUUAAAUUGAUAGAAAAGUUGGAUAUCUCGCCAGCAACUUGGGAAUAAUACACUCGUAAUGGUGCACUAACAGAUCUAUAAUCUUAAUGUGGAAUUAUUGAACAAAUAUUUACAUAAAUUAGAGAAAUCAAAAAGUAAUAAAUUAGCUUAGAGGAAAUCAAAGUUAGAAUGCAGUUUAUAUAAAUGUUCUAUUAGAACAUUAGCACUUAUGAAUAUCGUCUAACAUUCAAUGUUAUAUCCACUCUAUGGGAAUUGUUAGUUUGCUAAUCUGAAUGUUAAUCUGAAAAAGAUCUAGUUUAUAAAUGGUUUAGCUCAUUGUCAAAUUAGGAUGGACAGUCUUAAUUGACAUCAAUGGUUGAAAUAUCUGAACUUAAGACUUUUUUCAUUUAGAAAAUGGCUAAUGAUUUGGCUCAUUUGAAUGAAGAAGGAUUUAAUUGUCUCAAGACUGUAUUAUCCACAAUUAAUAAAUUUGAGAGUUUUGGUUUUGAUGUCUUAUGGUAAAUAAUAUUAGAAGGGGAAAAUGAAAAAGUCUCUUAGAUGGCUAUUGAAUAUAUCCAUUCAUUCUAAAUGACUAUUGAGGAAUUAUUUAAUAAAUUGUAAGAAAAUAAGAUAUAAAAUUAAAAAUUACUAAGAUGUUUAUUAGUAUUAGAAGAUUUCAUAGAUUAAAGUGAAGUAAAUGGAGUUGGAAACUUAAAGAGUUUGAAUGCUCUCUCUUAAGGUGAAGAACUUUCAAUCUAAAUAUAAUAUGAAAAUAGUUAGUAAAGAAGAUUUACAAUAAAAAUAAAUGACAAUUAAACAAUUGUAGAAUUACGAUUGGCAAUCAGUAAGGUGAUUAAACUAUAAUGGGAUGCCAUAGGUUUGAAUAGUCUUAAAGGUGAAAUAAAGUUUACAGAGAAUGGUAAGAUGAUAAAGGAUCUAAGAUUAAAGAAAGAUGAAAUAAUUAUGGUUUUUAAAAGACAAGUGAAGGAUGCCCCUGAGACAUAAUUAUUGGAUGGGGAGAACUUAUCAGAAUAAGCUAAGGUAGUGUUCGCAGAAAUCUUCAGUGAAUAUUCAACUGAUGGCAAAAUGACAAAAGAGAAUUGUGCUAGAUUUGUAACUGGAUGCACUGGUAAUCCAUGUAGUAUUGAUGAUGCUAACAUUUAACGAACAUUUGAACAAUAUGAUAGGGACAAAGAUUAGAUCUUAACUCUAUAGGAUUUCUAUGACUUUUAUACUGAUUCAGUCAGAACCAAAAGGUCGACUGUUUGGUUGAAUUUACAAACCUUACACUAUAGAAAUGAUUUAAUAAGAGGAGAUCGAGUACCUCUGCCUGAAAUCAAUGCUUAGCAAUUACCAAGAGGAUAGAUUGUUUAAAAUUAAGAAUAUUUAGAGUUGCUAUUCGAAUUCCUCUAAAAUUCUAGCAAUGAGGUUCAAGAGAAAACUUGGUAUCUAUUAAGAAGAUUACCACCUUCUCCUUAAUUGAUCAAGCAGAUGUUAACAUUUGAGAACAUCACCUAACCAACUGAUUGGGAUUCAAUCUUAGUGAGCAGUCAUUAUAGAUUGUUAUACAGUUUGUAUAUUAUUGAAUUUCUGAUGAACCAAUAAGAUUCCAAUCAUUUAUAGGCACUUAUAGAGGAUUAAGAUAUUCUCACAUUAAAGGAUAAAUGGAUGAGUAAGUUCUUGCAAUUGGGGGGGUUUGAUAGAUUAUUGCAGUUUUUCAAAGAGUAUUAAGGUAAGAGUGUUAGUACCUUAUCGCAAAUAGAGAAGGAGAUAUUAUCAUUUUUAUUAAACACAUUUUAAAAUUAUAUUAUCGCUGCUUGUGCUGCUUACAUUCCUAAUCUGUAUAAGGCAUCAAGAGGAAUUUAAUUAAUUAAACCAUUGGAUUAAGUGUUAUUGGAUAUUAGAUAAUCAGAAGAGUCGGAAGAAUUUCAACUGUUGGUUUAGAAAUUGAAGGAAAGUAAAUUAGGAGAUGAUAUUAUAGAGAAAAUCGAAAAUUUCAUCCCUGUUUUAAUACAUCUGAUACAAGAAUUGUUAAAAUGCAAUGAGUUGGAAUAGGAAGACAGAUAAAUUAUUGAACAUAGCAUAAUAAUUGUAAUAGUUAUAUUGCUGAAUAAUCAGAAAUUAUUGGCAACAAGCAUUGAAAACAUUGAAUUUAUCAACAUAUUUUUCAGUGGCAUCUUUACUGGUACAUCUGAUACCUUGCGUAAUCUAUUUAGCAGAGCAAUUCUAGUACUUUGCCAUGAAAGUUAAAAGAAAAACAAUUAACCAACAAGAAUCAUGUUAUAAUAAUUGAUAGUGAUGUAAAACUCUUAGGGUAAUUCAGCCCAAUAUUAUGAAUUAUUGAGUCAAUUAAUAGAUAGUGCUUUUGAGACUGAAGAAUCUUAACAAUUCAUUGAUUAUUAACAGCUAAGUCAAUAAAUGUUUCAAAAUUUAAUGAAUUACAAAAGUUAGGAAAAUAGAUAGAAGAAUACUCCUACUGAUAAAAUAUUGGUUGGUUUGUUGAAUCUUUUGACUAAGUUAUAUAGAUUCAUUAAAUAACCAAUUGAUGAUAUUAUAUUCAAUAAUUGUCUCUUCAGCAUGUCAGAAGACAAGGAGAUUAAAUGCAAAUCUGUAGAAAGCAGACAAGUAGCCUUUAAAUUGCUCCAUAAUCUAGCUUAAAAAUAGAACAUUGAUACAAUAGUAACAAACCUACAACAACUAAGUUAAAAAAUACCAACUAUAAAUAGAUGGAAUUACAUCCCCUCAAGUGAUAUGAGAAGUCACCUUGGGUAUUGUGGUAUCAAAAAUCUCAGGUGUAUUUGUUACAUGAACGCUAUGUUAUAAUAAUUUUACAUGAUAAAACCAUUUCGAUAUGGCAUUCUGUAAGCUAAUGAUCACAAAGAUGUCGAUUUGUAAUUGAGUAAAACAGGAUUCACAUAUGAUGAUAAUGUAUUACAUCAGUUGCAAUAAAUGUUCAGUUAUUUAGAACAAUCAGAUCGUAUUGAUUACAAUCCUUAAGAAUUUUGUGCAGCAUUUAAAGAUUAUGCUGGUGAGCCAGUCAACAUAUUUGUUUAAUAAGAUGCACAAGAAUUCUUAAAUAUGAUUUUUGAUAAGUUGGAGAAUCUGUUGAAGGAUACUGUCUAUAAAAACAUUAUGGAUGGAGUAUUUGGUGGAAAGACUUGUACAUUGAUACAAUGCUAAAAUUGUAAGGUAACAAAAAGCAAGGAAGAAAUAUUUUACAAUUUAUCUUUACCGAUCAAGAAUUUAAAGAAUUUGUAGGAGUGUUUUGAUAAAUUUGUUUAAGGAGAGCUUAUUUCUGAUUUCAAAUGUGAAAGUUGUAAUUAGAAAGUGGAUGUGAACAAAUGUUAACAAUUGGCUCAUUUGCCAAAUAUAUUAAUUUUACAUCUCUAAAGAAUUGUAUUUAAUUUAGACACUUUUAUGAAUGAUAAGAUCAAUACAAGAUUGGAAUUCCCAAUCGAUUUAGAUCUGCAAUAAUACACGAUUAACAAAGAUCAAUGCACAUCAUAUAAAUUGGUUGGAGUAGUUGUUCAUGUUGGUUCUGCUGAUGUAGGACACUAUUUCAGUUAUAUAGAUAUCAAAAAUUAAGAUCAAUGGCUAGAAUUUAAUGAUCAUAAAAUUAAGGAAUUUAAAUUAAAGUAAAUGGAACAAGAAUGUUUUGGAGGAUCAAGUAAUUUUGACUAUAAUGAUGUUUGGGGAACAGGGUUUAGAGAGAAUUCUCAAAGUGCUUAUAUGCUCAUUUAUGAAAAAGUUCAGAAGGAUCAAAUAUCUUUAGUAUUCAAUAAUGAACAAGAACUGUAAAAUCACAUAGAUUUAUUUGAUAAUUACAUAAUCGAUCAGAACUAAAAGAAUGUAUUAUAGGUUGACUAUAACUCAUUGAAACCUUAUAUUCCAACUGAAUAUCAAUAGAAAGUGAAUUGCGAUAAUCAGCAAUUUUUAUUAGAACGCAACUUGUUCAAUUAAGAUUUCUUGAAAUUUAUUCUAGAUGUCAGUGAAUUUGUAAAUGAAAGUAAUGCAUCCAAGAUGAUAGAUGUGUUAAUUAAGUUUAAUUACGAUCUGUUGUCAAGAGCAUAUGAGAAUUCAUUGAUGGAUUAAUUUAAUGCCAAAAUUUUAUAAUUAAUUUAAUAAUAUCCAAGUAUCAGUUACCUUGAUUUGAUUUACUUUGGUAAAUUAAGCAAAGUAGUGGAUUUACUAUUAGUGUGUCCUGAAGCAAGGACACGAAAACACAUUAGCAAAUUGCUAUCAACUCUAUUUAAUCAAGCAAUUUAGUUAGAAGGCUAAAUCACAUAGAAAUUAAAUGAAGGAUUAGAUCAGUUAUUCUUAAUGAUUCAAGAUUAAGUACCUAAGAAUUGGUCAAGAUAUGAGUUUUAUUUUCAAUUUUGGUUAGAUUUUUUGUAAGGAGGUAGACCUUAAUAAGAAUAUUUAAUGAAAAAAAACAUGGUCUUGUAUAUGAUAGAUUUUGUACUAGAUAAAAGCAGUCCGUUGUAAUUAUAUGAGAAAAAAGUUUAAAUGGGUAAUGCCUAUGUGGCCAUGAAUAUACAAAUCUAACUUCAAAUUGUAACUGCUCUUUUGAAACAAAAUCAAUAAUUAAGUUUGAAUGAGAAAAAAUUAUUAUAUUCUCCUAAGUUCUACGAUAAGAUAUUGAAAACUAAAGUGGAAGAUAUCUUACCUGUGAUAUUAAGGUUAUCUUAUAAGAAUAGGUACUUCUCUGAGAUUAUUUCUGGAUGUAUUAUGCGUGGUAUGUCAAAUGGGGAUGUUGAUGAAUUCAAAAACUAUUUAUCUGUAGCUAAAUCGUUUUUAUUGAUUGAAGAUGAUCUCUAAAUUGAAAGAUUGGAAUGGUUAAUUGGGAUUCCAUCAUCCAAACAAAAGGAGACCACCAAGAUUUAUGAUAAUCAAUUUUCCGAUAUAGCCUCGUUUGGUUUAUAUGGUCUAUCAAGUUUGGAAGAAGACUAUUGGACCUUUGCCAGUCCAUUGGGAUGGUCAAAUUGUUUGUUUGAUUACUUCUGUUCUCAUAGGAUGAGUAAAAACAAUGAUAUUCAAUGUCUAUUAAUUCUUAAGUGUUGCCUCUCCAUAAGUUUAGAAAGUCCAAUUUGCUUCAAUUACAUCUCAAAUCUGCCAUGUGUGAAUUAUCAAUAUAAAUAUAAUGAAGAAAUAUUCAAGUCCUUUUUAGAAACCUUCAUUUUAGAUACAAAAAGAUUCUAUUCUUAAAACAAUCGUAAGUAGGAAUCUGAAGAAGUUAAACUACUACUUGAAGAGUAUCAAAAGAGAUUAGAUUAAAUUCGAGAUCCCACUAAACCUCAGUAUGAUUAUAUCAUUGGCAAAUCUGUUGAAGUUGCCAAAGUAACUAAACUUCUGUAUCUAUUCAAUCCAACCACCAAAGAGGAAUUGACAGCAAAUGAAGCAUCUCCAAACUUUAAUUAAAUCAAAUCAUAAAUUGAUGAUGGAACACUCCACAAAAUCAUCACAUUAGAAGAAAAAGUCUACACUACAUAUGUUUGUGAUAAUCUACCUACUGGUUAAACCAAUGAGGCAUUACCUCAAUAAUAUGUAAAAGGAACUUAAAUACAUCAUUUUUCUGUUGAUCCAAAUUCUGAAGCAGCCAAUUUCAUCCAAUCUAAGGCAUGGAGUGCAGAAAAUGAAGACAAAGCAGUCGUAUCUAAUUCAAGGUUAGCUGAAACUGUCAAAUAAGUUCAACUGAUCAAUAAUACAAAUCGAAAUCUACAUGUCAUUCUUGAAAUCAAAGGACCAUAAACAAGUCAUUACAUUCCUACCUCCAAAAUCUAAUCUUUGAUGAAUCCUAAAAUUAUUACAACUAUGUUCACAAUUAUCAAAUAGAAAAGUCAAGAUGAGUUCCCAAAAUUAGAAUUGACUUUGUAGUAUAAAAAACAGGAACCUAGAUCAGAAUCUUAUCUAUAUAUAUCAAAUAUAAAUGAAAUGAACUUGGAGUUGUUAUGA